AUGUGCAUCACGCUACAAGCCGACGACUUGACCGUCGCGAUAUACCCUUUCGAUGUAGUGACCGCGCCAAAUAAACCACUCUACGAUAGCGAUGAAAAUUACGCGAGCGAGUUACGACUAAGACUAGCCACCGCGUAUCGGUUAGCUCAAGAGCAUGCAGAGAAAGCCGCGGGUGAUCGAAAACGGUAUCACCAACGGAAAAAUAAACCGUAUCAGUUUACAGUGGGGGAUAGAGUAUUCGUGAAAGAGGCAGUAAUUGCCCCCGGAUUGAAGCGCAAAUUAACACCGCGUUGGUCCGGCCCCUUUAGAAUCAUUGCAGCGACAGGUCCGGUAAAUUUUGAGGUACAGCACGUCCAUACUGGAAAGAAAUUGCAUGUGCAUGCGAACCGGCUAAAACCGGCAGUGGUACGUUCGGAAACCUCGGAAGCGGCGCCGAGGGAUGCAAAUCCCCGCGCCGAUGAUCAAGAUGAGUCGCCAACAGGUAGUCGACCGCAAUCAGCGGAGCCUGUAGAUCCAUGGGACGAGGUAAUUCUCACCUCGAUUACCCAAGAUCAGAUGGAGGGAGCGACUCCCGAAGAGUCCGACCCUCAGGCGAGUGUUGCUCGAGCGUUGCAUGGGUACGCGUUGAGAAGUCACGGCCCGGUGCCAGAACAGCCUUGGGUGUUGCCGACAACUAGUCGGGCUAGACGGGGUGGCGCCGCGGGUGACGUAGAAACGGUAACCGAUACGGGUAUAAACGUGAGCGCGGAAGGGGUGGUCAACGCGUCGGAAAUGGCUGAACAGAGCCAGAUAAAUGCUCAAUUACCACCAGUUCCUCUCGGUCUAUUCACUCGAUGUGAAUGAUGGUCUCUUCCCUCGAGAAGAGGUCGUCAAAGAGACCGUGACAUUUUUGUACAUAAAUAACUUUUCCUUUAGUGUGUAAGAAGAAAUUGUCGCGUGUUAUUCCCCCAAUGUAGUCAGCAUGUGAACCGAACGGAAUAGGUCACAUGUCGGGGUGAGUCUUCUGUAUAAUUUAACGAUCAAAGGAUGUAAGGAUUGAGCAUCGCCUAGACCCAAUAAAAACCUGGAAAGGUGAAACUAGACGCUCGCGAAUCGGGCAGGUCACCUUUAGUAGAAACUCGGGGUCGAAAAAUGCCGCGAGUACGGAAACCGCGUCGGAAAUAUCGACAGAUUUCAAUUUUUCUUCAUUUGUUU